AUGCUUUCUAGAUUUGGAUAUCCCAUUCGAGUUCAAAUAGAAUAUGCAUUUAAUGGUGUCAGAAAUUGCAAUGACUAUACUGGCAAACAGACCAUUUAUAUGAAUGGCGAUGAAGUUUUUGACAUCUACUCAGCUGAAUCAAUGGAAACCAAACUUCAAGUAAUGAGCGAUAAAUUGACAGACAUGGAAAGAAAUAUAUUUUACAUUGAAAAUAGCAAUCUAUUGUAUGAAGGAGUGUUUGGACAAGAUCAAAAAUUUGAAGUGAAUUACGAUAAUUUAGUGCACACAAUUCUAUUGAAAUUUUUCAAUCCUAACUUCUUUAUCAGAAGAGAAAGACAUUACUUGGAAGGGAUUGAUUUCAUCACCUACGAAAAUGUCAAGACCACGCUGUACUAUAAUUCCAUAUUCACAAAUUGA